CCCUCCAUCCCCCAGGGCUGCUGCGUGGGACUCCAGAACUCCAGCCCGCCGACCUUGGGGCUCUCGCAGCCCCCUCCCCCGCCCUCAGGCCUCCGGCCUUGAGCUCAGAGCCCAGGCCUGCAGACCUUGAGUGCCGGCUGCCGCCUCCACGUGAGUCCGCGUGCUGGGCGGUCUCCUCCCAGCACCUGCGCCGGCUGCUGUUUCGCUCUCUCUGCAGAGCCGCAACAUCCGUUUUGGUACCACGGGCUCUAGGGGAACCCGAAUUUUCAGCAUGGGUUUCCUUAACUGGUUUUGGGGUCUCUGGACUUGGCUUUUUCCGGUGACAACACCUAAAAGUGUUAAGGACUCUACUUCCGGGAGUGCCGAAGGCCCCAGGAGCCCGUGGCAGGAGCUGUUCUCAGAGAUUUGCAAGAUCAACGCGUUCGAUGCUCCCGACUCGCCCCUCGUGAGAGGCAAGGACGUGGGUGACUCCGUCCACGGCACGUUCGAGCACUUGUGCAGGAGCAGGGAGCACAGCGAAGCCGGCUGGCUGCUCCUGGCGUCCCUGGACAAGGUGCUGAAGGAGAAAGAGGAGCUCCGCGAGAUGGUGGCCCGGCUGCAGCUGCGCCUCAGCGACCUCCGCGUCUCCAAGAGCGUCCUGGGGGAGAGUCUGCUCGCGUGCAGCCGCAGGGCCGAGGUGGCCGAAAACCAGACACAGGCCCUGGCCAUUCGCUUGGCCGAGCUGCAGCGGAAGCUGAGCGCCCGGCCGCGCAGGGUGUCCGCGGCCAAGGUGAGGUCGCUGGUCGGCAAAGAGUGGGAUCCGGCGAGCUGGGACGGGGACGUGUGGGAGGACCCCGGAGCAGGGGACGCCGAGCUCCUGAACUUCGACGAGGCCGGAGUGUCCCUGGAAAUGGGCCUCCCGCCCCCCAGAAUCAUCCCCACUGGCCACGGGACGGCGACAGCUGUGUUCCCGCUCACGGGUUCCCCGACUGUGCCCCUGUGGGCCUUCCCGCCUCUGUCACGGGAGCUUCACUCCACUUCCCCCGAGGAGGUGGUCCCGGCCUUCCGGGCAGCGGGGGUCAGGCAGGGCUCGGGCGACGCCCCUCCAGACCCCCCAGCGGCACCCGUCUCUCCGGCCAGACCAGUGGCCAGACCAGUGGCCAGACGCAUUUCGCAGCUGGCCCCAGAGGUGGAGGCCGACAGUGUGAGCCCGGAGCUGGGAGGCCGCAGCCCCCAGGACUUGCUGGAGCUUUCUGAUGGGUACAAGCAGAAGUCUGAGGAGCCAGCCUGGGAGUGGAUGCUCAGGGUGUGGGAGAGCGGUGGGAAAGACGUCCACUUGACACGUGCCGAGUUUGUGGACAUGGGCGCCCUAAGCCAAGAUCCUGCUUUCAACGCCGCCGCCCAGGACGUCAAGAAGGGCUCUGACAGUUUGUUUGGCUGGUUGGCCGAGGCGUGGGUCAAGAGGUGGCCCACGGCCAGUGAGCUGGAGAUGCCCGACCUCCCGUGGCUCACCGUGGAGGAGGGCAUCCAGAGGCUGAGGGAGAUCGGAAUGGUCGAGUGGCUUUGUCACUUACGCUCGACUCCCCUCCCCUGGGAGGGGCCCGAAGAUGCGCUCCUGAGCGCUGCUGUGAGAAAGCGCUUCGUGAGGGCGGCCCCCGCGUCCCUGAAGAGCUGUGUGGUGGCUCUGCUCUGCGGGCCGGGCCUCACUGUGGGAACUGCCAUCGCACAGCUGGAAAGCCUGAGCGCCGUGGGCAUGCUGUGACGUGCCAGGGGCCACCAGCUUGCCCUGGGCCGUGUGGAGCCCCAGCUGGGUAUAGCUGCCACUAUAAGCAGUAGAGACAAAGAAGCAGUCAGCGUUGUUGUGUGUAGAUAGAUCAUGAUGUUCCAGAAAGAGCCCAGAUUGUAUCUUAAUCUAAGCAGAAAACUUUUUCAGGUCAAGUAAACAAAAGACUCUCUUGGGUCAUGAAAACAUAGCCCUUAGCAGUUCCUAAAACCGAAUGGAGAGAAUGGAGAGUAGGCCUGGCCGUUUGAGGCAGGUCCUCCCAGAUCAAUGCUGAAAACAUGAUGAUAAUCCUUCUGUCCUUCCUGCAAAGGGACCUGCGGCCUUGAACCAGACUAAGUGCACGGAGAAGGCAGUGGUCAACUCCUCCGGGGACUCAGCUCUGGCUCUGAGCUGACGUCGCUUUCUGGAGACCCAAAAAGUUGCUGUGGCCUUCAGUUAGUGCGAGGGCCAUGGGAUGAGAAGAUUUCAGCUCAGGUCUGCCUCGUGGUAGCAGUGCCCUCCACUGCUCUGUGACCAUUUGCCGGAUGCCGGGAUGCGUUCCUGGAACAGGUGUAAUUGCAGCUGGCAGAAUCCCUCUGUCGGUCUGCUCACUUGUGGUGUGAGCCUAGCAUGACGGGACAGGCCGAGCGGCUGGCAGGAUUGCUGCCGGUAGCCUGGAACCAGAGCUGCAUGCCUGUAGGGGCUGUAAAAGUGAACUUGGAAUACGCAGGCAGCAGGGCUGUCCCCACACUCGCUCGCCAUUCAGUUCUCCUGUCUGACCUGGAGAAUGACAGUGGGUUAUCUGGAACUUUUAUGAACUGUGGUGAUUGCAGUAGGAAUUGCUGUACCUGACACAGUUUGCUCCUUGAGCAUCUCCUGUUGCCUGGCAAGGCCAGUGGUACGCCUUCACUGUCCUGCCUGAGGGGUGUACCCGCUCCCUGGCCCGUGUCACGGCAGCUUGCAGGGUCUCGUUUUCCCUGCAGUUCUUGUCCUGAUUGAGCAGAGCAGGAAAUGGAAGGAUGUACAGUUGCACCUGGGGUUCUGCAUCCUAGAGAGGGGUACCUCACAGGCAGCCCCUCUGGGACAUCCCUGAAGGACAGGGCCAGCUGCAGGCCGGUGUACCCAAGAAUAGCCGGAUGUGUGCUUGAGCGUCAGCCGGUGAACUGUGGCCAGCAGCUCAGCUGGUCAGGGACUUGGAACAAGAUUGGAAACUUAAUGGUCAGUUAGGGCAGGAGGUGUUGUGGGUGAACUCUCCAAGUGGGCAGAGGACAUAACGAUGUCUGUAUCACGUGUGGACGCCCACCAAGGGUGACCUCAGUGACCUGUUGUAGGCAUCUGUCACUCUAAUCACCCAUGUCAUUGCCUGGAGGAAGUCGUCUUGGCUGAGACAGAGGUUGUGUGUGGGCUCAGCUGUAAGGGCUUCUUUAACAAAGACAUAUCUGACCAAGCCAGUGCUGUGUGCCCAGCCUGCCAGCAGCAGAGACCAGCACCACUGCCCGAGGUGAGCAUUCAGCGCCCUGUGGGUAGCUGUGUCCUUUGGGCUGCCCUCGCCGUGGGUGCACAGCAUUUGGUCCUUCCCGGAAGAGCAUUCUGCUGCAACUCUCCUCCCUCACCCAGGCACCGAUUUCCCAGACCUGCCUUCUGUGGACUUAACGGCGCCACGUCACUCCACCCAGCAGCAUGUGAGCAGGAAACUCGUGUCACAGUUUACAGACGUGACAGCCUCACCAGCCAGCAGCUUUCAGUUACGGCGCCGGCUGGGCAGGGUCCUCCAGAAGGCUGUGUAUGCUUCCAGCCAGUGUUGUCUCCUGUGGCCAGCACUUAUGCGUCCAGGAAUUAGGGCCGGGAGUGAUGCUGGCCAUCACACAGCUGUCCUCUCGUGAGAUGUUGGCCUCUUCCUGUGACUCCAUGUUCUGCUGACACUUCAGCCUGCAGCCAGCGUGUUUUCAUCCAGCCCAGGGAGACUGGUGCCUCUGAAUCGGCGGCCAGGGUUGGCU